GAAGGUGCUAACAGUGUUUGAGUGGCAGACAGAGAGAGACACCUGCGGCAAGCAGUAGCCCUCUGGGGAGGCAAAGGGAGGGUGCUUACCCCCCCUUGUCCUCGUGGCUGCCACAACCAUGAGAGGCAGGCGUAAGGACACGUGGAUUUUGCCCUUGCUCUUAGCUGGCUUAAUUCAGCCAAAUCUGGGACAGGAGGAACAGAAGGUGGACUGCUACAACACGAAAGCAGGAACCAUCUAUGACUAUGGGGCUCUCACCAUAAACGGUGACGAGUACAUCCCUUUCCAGCAGUACUCGGGGAGGAUGGUCCUCUUUGUCAAUGUGGCCACCUACUGAGGACUCACAAUGCAGUACCUUGAACUGAAUGCACUACAGAAUGAGCUGCGAAAUCAUGGACUAGUUGUCCUAGGUUUCCCAUGCAAUCAAUUUGGAAAACAAGAACCUGGCCAGAACUCAGAAAUUCUUCCAGGACUGAAAUACGUCAGGCCUGGAGGAGGUUUUGUCCCAAAUUUCCAGCUCUUUCAGAAAGGAGACGUGAAUGGGGAUAAAGAACAGAGAAUCUACACCUUCUUGAAGAACUCCUGCCCGCCUCCUUUAGAAAGCUUUGGUGACCCCAAGAGACUUUUUUGGGAACCGCUGAAGGUCCACGAUAUCAAGUGGAACUUUGAGAAGUUUUUGGUCGGUCCGGACGGGAAGCCUGUGAUGAGGUGGGCGCACAGGACCAACAUUGGCACUGUGAAGAGCGACAUCCUGAAAUACAUCAGAGAGCAGCAGAACCUGUCAAUUGGCUAGAGGUCAUGUAGAUGUGGAGAAACAAGAUGGGAGGGGUGGGGUGGGGGAGACCUGUUGCUUUAUCCAGAACCAGACAUUUUAUCCUCAAAUCACAGAAAGAAACAGAAACUGAACUUCCUUUGACCAAAAGCAAAAGGUUAAGAUGUACUGUUAAAUAUGUACUAGUUUAUUCCAAA